AUGAGCAUAAUGAGUUGGAACUGCCGGGGGCUUGGGAACCCCCGGACAGUUCGUGACCUCUGCCGGUUGGUGAAGGUAAAGAAACCCGAAAUGGUUUUUCUUAUGGAAACGAUCAUGGGGAAAACGAAAAUGGAGCGGAUUCGGAGAAGAUUGGGUUUUCCCAAUAUGUUAGUUGUUGAUUGUGUGGGCAAAAGUGGGGGGUUGGCGCUCCUAUGGACAGAGACAAUUGAGGUGGAGGUUCAAAACUACAGUUCGCGUCACAUUAAUGCAAAAGUAAACACAAAACCUUCGGUGGGAUGGUGGAAAUUUACGGGCUUUUAUGGGCACCCGGAGGCGAGUAAAAGGAAGGAAGCUUGGGGCCUUAUUCGACAUCUUGCAACUUUGGAUCCUAAGCCUUGGAUUUGUGUGGGGGAUUUCAAUGAAAUCCUUUAUUUAUCUGAAAAAUGGGGAGGGAAUGGCCGGAGUAGAAGUCUAAUGGCUGAUUUCCAAUCUACUUUGGUAGAUUGUGAAUUAGUGGACAUGGGCUUUAGGGGACCUAAAUAUACAUGGAAUAAUGGAAGGGAGGGCAAAGAUUUUAUUCAAGAACGGUUGGAUAGAGCUGUAGUUAAUGAUAGAUGGAGCUCCCUAUUCCCCCAGGCGGAAAUUGUGGUGGAGGGUUCAAGCUGCUCUGAUCAUUUACCAUUGUUUGUGGUGUUCCAUGAACAGUGGCGAAGGAGAAGAACAGAACGUCGGUUUAUUCAUGAAGCAUCUUGGGAGGGACCGGAGUAUGCUGCUGAAAUUGCAAAUAUCAAACUUAAGGUGCAGUCUUUAAUGGAGCAAGAGGAGAUUAAAUGGAAACAACGUGCGAGGGUGGAGUGGCUACGGAAUGGAGACAAAAAUACUCGGUUUUUCCAUGCAUGUGCAAAUCAGCGAAGCAAAUCCAAUUCAAUCCGAAGGGUGUGUGAUCUAGCAGGGAACUGUAUGGAGACUCAAGAAGCCAUUGGAGAUGCUUUUGUAGACUACUUCAGAGAUUUAUUUACUUCUGGAAGACCGGAUUGCAUGGAGGAAUGUUUAGGGGCACUCGACCGACGAAUCACAGACGAUAUGAAUAAGAGGCUGCUGCGCCCAUUUACGGAAGAGGAGGUCAGUACAGCUCUCCAUCAAAUGGCUCCUAUGAAGGCCCCGGGACCGGAUGGUUUUAACGCUUGUUUUUUCCAAAAAAAUUGGAAUUUGCUUGGACCGGAGGUUUGCAAUGCUGUACUUUUUUCUCUAAAUUCUGGAGUGAUGAAUAAAGAAUUAAAUUCUACGUAUAUAACCUUGAUACCUAAAUCCAAUAAUCCUUUGUCUGUUUCGGAUUAUCGUCCCAUUAGCCUGUGUAAUGUCCUUUAUAAGUUGAUUUCUAAGGUGUUGGCUAACAGGCUAAAAGAAGUGUUGCCUGCUAUCAUUUCUCCAUACCAAAGCGCCUUUAUUCCAGGGCGUCUUAUUACAGACAAUAUUUUAGCAGCCUACGAAACUCUUCAUACCAUGCAAUCUAGGAUGUAUGGGAAGAAUGGUUUCAUGGCUGUUAAGUUGGAUAUGAGUAAGGCGUACGACCGAGUGGAAUGGGUUUUUUUGGAGGCAGUAAUGAGGAGAAUGGGGUUUGCAAAUAGAUGGAUUAAUCUCAUCAUGAUGUGUGUCUGUACGGCUCAUUUUUCAGUGUUGGUUAAUGGAACCCCUGUGGGACCAAUUAUUCCCACACGGGGUAUACGUCAAGGAGAUCCUAUCUCGCCUUACCUUUUUAUCCUCUGUGCGGAAGCACUUAGUGGCCUGCUGUCCCGAGGGGAUCGUGAAGGAUUUUUGAGGGGUGUUCCUACCUCUAAGAUGGGCCCUCGGCUGAAUCACCUUUUUUUCGCUGAUGAUAGCUUAUUGUUUUGCAGAGCUGAUGUUGCACACUGGCACCGUUUGACUGGUGUAUUGAAGCUCUAUGAACGAGCUUCCGGCCAAAAGUUGAAUGCUACCAAAACUGCAAUUUUCUUUAGCCGAAAUACAACGGAUGCAGACAAGGAAGAUGUCCUCGCAAUCGCUGCUAUUCCGGCGACCCAAAGAUAUGAUACCUACCUAGGACUUCCGGCGUUGGUUGGGAAGUCUCGAAUAAAGGAGUUUAAGGCUAUUCUAAGCCGGGUGGAAAAACGUCUUAACGAUUGGAAGCUCAAAUUUCUAUCGCAGGCGGGAAAGGAGAUUUUACUGAAGGCGGUGGUGCAAGCAAUCCCGACGUACAGUAUGAGCGUGUUUAAAAUUCCAAAAGAGUUAUGUAACAACAUAAACUCUUUGAUGCAGAAGUUUUGGUGGGGUCACAAAACUAAUGAAAGCCGAAUCCAUUGGAUGAGUUGGGGACGGUUGGGACUUAACAAGGUGAAGGGAGGAAUGGGGUUUCGGGAAUUUGGGUGUUUUAAUAAGGCACUCUUGGCCAAACAAGUGUGGCGCCUAUGGAAAUCACCUGAUAGUCUCGUGGCAAGGAUUUUGAAGGCUAAAUAUUUUCCAAGGUGUGAGGUGCUGGAUGCUUCUGUGGGGACGAAGCCUUCGUACGCUUGGAGGAGCAUUAUCAGCUCAAAAAAUCUUAUACAUGAAGGACUGUUCUGGCGGAUAGGUAAUGGAGCUAAGGCCUGCAUUUGGGGUGACAAGUGGGUACCUUUGCCGAACAGUUUUAGGAUCCAAUCCCCCCCAACCCCGGAAUUUCAUGACUCCAAGGUGUGUGCUUUAAUUGAUGAGGACUCUGGCUGGUGGAAUUCAAGACUACUCGGACAGUUGUUCAAUGAGGAAGAAGUUGCAGCUAUUCAAUCUCUCCCCUUGAGCAGUACAAGCCAAGCGGACAUGCUGAUAUGGAGGGGAACGGCUAAUGGUAUAUUCUCGGUAAAAAGUGCCUAUCACCUAGCUAAAGAGGUGGAAGAUCGAGAUAAGGCUGGAUGCUCAAUGGGUUUACAUAAGAGUGAUGUAUGGAAACUGAUUUGGAAGUUAAAAAUUCCAAAUGUGGAGAAGAACUUCAUAUGGCGUGCAUGUCAAGAUAUAUUACCAACUCGGGACAAUCUCUUGCGUCGUAGAAUUGCCGAAGAGCCAAUCGCGGUCGGCGAGAUGGUGAGAGUCGAGGAGUCCGCGCAUGUCAGUGGGGUUGAAGGAGAAGGGCUCGUUGAGGUCGGGGGGGGAGUAGCCGACGCAGUGGUUGGGCGAGAGAGUUGUCGGGGCUGGUGGGAUCGGGGCGGCGAGGUGGAGGAGGUGGUUGCGCAGGACCUUGGCUCGCCUUGCGACUUGGUCUUCCAUCGUGUGGGCGGGUGGGUGCGUGGGGAAACUGGGAAGGAGCGCUUUUAUAUAGGCUUCUGA